AUGGAACUUCAGGCGCAGUUACAAUUGCACUGCCGCGAGCUUACCGGUGUUGUCGAGAGCCUUUCUACACUCUCGCAUGUUAGCAGCACCAACCAAAAUGCCAAAGAAUGGUCACCACUCGACAGUGACGAUGGCCGGCAGGCGAAGCAAAACAUACUGUCUACAAUCUACAAAAUCAGAUCGCUAGUUUGUGGAACAUCCGAGUUCCUCCAGCAUCUUGCAUGCCAGGUCAACAUUGGGACUUGUCGUUCACGGGUCCUUACCGGACUCGGUUGGCUAGGCGAGCUCCAAAUCUUAGCUUGCAUACCAUUGACUUCCAGCGCUCCAAUCAAGGACAUAGCUGAGUUGUCGCGCGCCCCAGAGGCACAACUGAGCCGGAUGAUUCGUCUGAUGGCCACCGUUGGCUUUCUGCACGAACCGGAGCCUGAUCAUGUGGCACAUACGCCUUUGUCAGCUUCGUUUGUCUCACGUCCUUCUUUUCAUGACGCCGCCAUGUUUCUAUCAGAAUCUGUAGUUCAAGCCGGUUUACGGAUGAUUCAAUCCACGGAGGGCCGUGACGACUCGCAUCAAGCCCACAUAGCGCACACUUUCGCCUUGCCUACACUGAAACAUGGAGCAAAGGUAAAUCGCCGUUGGUCGGCGUAUCUUCAUCACGUUGGACGUCUGCAGGAAGAUCUCGGGGCGACCAGUAUUUUCCAGCAGCUAAAUUGGCAGAAGAUAAUUAACCUUCCAGGCGCUUGCAUUGUCGAGGUCAAUGCCCCGUCACGAUCGAUCUCGCUGGCACAUCGACUUGCCGAGCAGUUCCCAGCCCUCCGGUGCAUCGUGCAAACUAAUGAUCAAGACACUUGCAACUCAUGCCAUAGACAUGGAGAUGCCAGUUCCCGGAUCACCAUGACGAAACGCGCCAUCGGUGCUCCACAAACCGUUCUAGACGCCGUUGUGUAUAUCCUUCAUCUACCUGUAUCCUCACCAAACGUGGUAUUGAGUGAGCUGAUGGCGCACUUCGCUGUGUUACAAGUACGUGGAGCCAGCAUGCUCAUUUGCACUGGUCAUAUGCUUCCGGAGCCGGGCAGCAUUCCCAACUCCAAUAUCGAGAGCUUGGUUAGAUCGCUCGAUCUUGCUCAGCUGCGGCUGACUAAUAAAGGGGAAAUGGAAAUGGUCGAUUUACUGAGAUUAAUAGAGUCAGUUGGGGAUGGCGCAGGGAAGCUGGCUGUCGUUAAAACGAUUCGUUCACGAGGCAAUAUCGUAGCUGCCCUGUUAGUGACAGUGGUGCCAACCAGUGAUGUAAUUAAUCGGGUGAUUAAUUAG